AAGAAAGGACAAAAUGCAACUAAGAAGCAUAUAUUGUAUAUAAAUACAAAAACUGCAUCAGCUAUAAACAGAACUCAUCAUCAUCAUAUCGACAUGGCCUCAAAGCGAGCAGGUGGAGUUAUUUUUGACCACAAGGCAUGGCUUUCAGAAUUCCGAUCUUCCAAAAAUUUUAGAGAACUUAGAUCGGAAAUAAUGCAACAAACCCUCAAAGCAUGUGAAAACUUCAAAUACACUUUGGAAGACGGCUCCGAGGUCGUUUUUUCAAAUUACGAAAGUGUCUCGAGAGAUGCAAGAGAAACUACGCUUUACACUGAUGAAGAACCCCCAGGAAGACAUGUAAAGGGAGAUGAGGAUAGUUGUUUUAAAACCGAGGUUAUAGUGGUCAAUGCAGAUUGUCUCGAGGAAGCCAUCCGCUUGAAGAAUAAGGGAUUGAACCCAGCUGUCCUGAACAUGGCCUCACCAAAAAGACCGGGUGAGUGGAAAAAUUACUUCUAGGUCUCGUGUAGUAAUGGCUAUGUUUAUGAUAUAUAUCGAAAUACAUUGUAUUAACAAAUAAUCCUUUGACCAGUUUUGUAUCAGUUGGAUACAAAUUCUGAUUGCCAUCAGCAAACAUUGACUAAUCAACAGAGUGAUCCAUGAAUGGUGAGAUACUCACCCCCAUCAUUCACACUUUAGAGUACACCACCUACCCCCUCUCCACACACAAUCCUAGUUUUUUUCACAAUCUGUUUCCCUCUGUCAAGAGGGGGAGGUUUCUUUGAAAUGUAUUGAAAUGUAUUUUUAUCCUACACACAUGUUGGUGCACUCACUAUAUUUUAUAUCCACUAUAUUUACAUAGCCUUUCUUAUUCUCUUUAUUUGUUUGCAUUUUUAGGGGGAGGUUACUUAUCAGGAGCAGGUGCACAGGAGGAGAACUUGUUCCGUCGUACAAAUUAUGUGCAACAUUUAGCAGACCCAGAAAAAAAAUUUGAUCCCAAAAGAGAGUGGAAAUACAGAAUUCCAGAGUUCUCAUGCAUCUACUCAAAAAAUGUGUUCAUCAUAAGAGCAUCUGAAGCUGAAGGAUAUAAAUUUCUUGCCAACCCUGUUCCAAUGUCCUUUUUGGCCCUACCAGCAUACCCCAAUCCCACCCUAACAAAAGACAAGAAGAAACUCAUUCCAUUGACUGCUGAGAACACAAAACGGAAGAUACGUUGCAUGUUAUCUGCUGGUCUGUACUAUGGUCAUGACUCACUGGUUCUCUCAGCUCUUGGCUGUGGAGCAUUUAGAAAUCCUGCAAGUCACAUGGCCCAGCUUUUUAAGGACGUAUUGUCCGAAGGCAGAUUUGCCAAUAGAUACAAGCACAUUUCUUUUGCCAUCCUUGAUGAUCAUAAUGCAAGGGGGGAUGGGAAUUUCAAGCCCUUUCUUGAGGUAUUUGCUGACUGGACAUAA